ACUGACGGGUGUGCAGGCGGGAGGCGGGGUAAGAAGGACGACAGAUGAUAAGAGUGGACCGCAAGAAAAAGGACGGAGAGUUAAUCAGACGUCGCCCAAGCUGUGCGACCCUACAGGCCGCUUGUAACUUACUCCGUUCAACUCCCAAAAUACAGGGUCAAGUACUGCGGCCUUCAGCCCUUUCCGUCUCCCGAUCCUGAUAGUCUUGGUUACUUUCGCGUCAUAGGAUGAGCGACAACGUUCGCCGGUCCCGGACGAGAAAGACGGGCCCGAGGCAGUGCGCGCGCCACCUACGUCACAGGCGAGGUGGUUCCGGGAGGGCGGGGCAUCGGAGAGCGCGGCUGGCUGAGAGCCUCGAAGCCAAGGAAGAAUUUGAUUGGCGGUUUGAAAGCGGACGUUUUUGGCUUGGGCGGAGGUGGGCGGGCCAAGUUUUGGGUCCUCAUCUGGUGAGGUCCCGCGUUAAUGACGUCACAUUCUUUCGCGGGAAAAAUUCGAAAGUGGAUUUUCUGCAAUUUGACAGGUGAGGUGAAGUGUUUCUCGGGCUUUCCUAGGAAUGGCUUGAGCGAUUUGGGGCGAAGGGACGAAAGACUCUGCUCCGUAAGAAGAGAACCGGGAAGGAUGCUGUUUGGAACCAGGAUUAGGGUGGUCGCAGUAACAGCUACUCGGACUGCUUGUAAUAAGGGUUGCUUCUUCACCGCUUUUCCCAGGCCCUGCUUUGCAAUUUCGAGUGGUAUAAAUAGUUGAAUAACUACUUCCUAUUUUCUGGACUCAGCUGGUUUAUAACUUCAGAAGAAAUAAUGGAAAGCCAAGAAUUUAUUGUUCUAUAUACUCAUCAAAAGAUGAAGAAGUCAAAAGUGUGGCAAGAUGGAAUUCUGAAGAUCACUCCCUUAGGAAACAAAGCAAUUUUAUAUGAUGACAAAGGAGCAUGUUUGGAGAGUGUGUUCCUUAAAUGCCUUGAGGUGAAACCUGGAGAUGACUUAGAAAGUGAUCGAUACUUAAUCACAGUUGAAGAAGUUAAAGUUGCUGGAGCCAUAGGUAUUGUUAAGCAGAAUGUCAAUAAAGAAGCACCAGAGUUAAAUUCAAGGAGAUUUAUAUCAUCUGGCCGAUCUCGUGGAUGUCAGCCUUCUGGCUUAAAAAGGAAGUUUACUGAUUUUCAAGGACCACGUCAGGUUCCGAAGAAAAUGGUUAUUACGGAAAGUGGUGAAUCAGCUGUAUCACAUGACACUAAGAAACCUGGCUCUACUAUUUUUUCUCCAUUCUACAGCAUGCCUCCUUUGUUUCCUACUGUUGGCAAUAAAGAUGUAAAUAAUAUACUGGUAGACCCUGAGAACACUGUGACUUACAAGAACAGAGAGAGAAAUGCCAUGGAUUUUUCUUCAGUUUUUUCUCCAUCCUUCCAGAUUAACCCAAAAGUGCUGUGUGAAGAAAAGUAUUUUUGCUCUCCUAUCAAUUCUGGAAAUAAGCUUUCAGACUUACUGACCAAUGAACCUGUGAAAAGAGAUAGUUUGUCAUCUCACUGUUCAGGAGUUCCACAAAACAUCAGAAGCAAAGCACAGAUAUUAGCUCUUCUGAAGUCUGAAUCAUCUAGUACAUGUGAGGAACUAAAUUCUGAGAUGACAGAGCAUUUUCCUCAAAAACAACCACAGGGAAGUUUAAAAAUUGCUACUAAACCAAAGCACCUAAUUCAACAGGAAGAGUGUGCUGAGAUGAGGAGCACAGAAAAUUUAUACUACCAGUAUCAAUCAGAAAAUACCAUGAGAAAUAAAAGCCGGUGGGCCAUGUAUUUAUCCUCACAGAGUUCACCCAUACAUUCUACUGUACAUGGGAAUGAUACAGAAAGGAAAACCAAGGCCCAGGAAGAUGAUAUAAAUUAUAAUUUGAAAGACCUUUCAUUACAAAAAAAUACACAGCUCUUUGAAACAUAUGCUGAAGAGGGGAAAAAGUAUAAUGUAGACAAGUCAGUAGGUAAUAAUGAUCAAUGCUGGAAUCAGGAAGUAAAAUUAGAAAUUCCUUCAUUCAGUGAAAGCAGUAGCUUACAGGUUACUUGUAGCAGUGCAGAAAAUGAUGGUACAUUGUCAGAAUCUGACAUUCAAGAAGAUAAUAAAAUAUCUUUUAAUCAAAAUGACAAGGUCUGCAUUAAAGGAUCAGUUCUCAUUAAAGAAAAUGCUCAGGAGGUAAAUACAUGUGGAACACCAGAAAAGGAGUAUGAACAAUCAGAGUCAUCUCUGCCAGAACUGAAACAUCUCCAAGUUGAAUCUAGUAAUAAUUCUAGAAUCUCUGAUGACAUUACAGACAUGAUUUCUGAAAGGAAAAUGGAUGAUGAAAGUGUUAAUAGUAUUCAUGAAUCACUGAGUAAUGUAACACAACCAUUUUUGGAGGUAACUUUUAAUCUGAACAAUUUUGAGACCAGUGACACUGAGGAGGAAUCACAGGAAAGCAACAAAAUUUCCCAGGAUUCAGAGAGUUGGGUAAAGGACAUUUUGGUUAAUGAUGGCAAUUCAUGUGUUCAGAAGAGGUCUGAGAAUACAAACUGUGAAGAGAUUGAGGGUGAACAUUUACGACUCUUAACAUCUGUUAGUGGCAAACCUGCAGUGACAUUUCCUGUUAAAGAGACUCUGCCAUCACAGUUUUGUGAUAAAACUUAUGUGGGUUUUGACAUGGGAAUUUGUAAAGCUGAAAACACUGGAAAAGAAAUAGAGGAGUAUAGUGACACAUUGAGCAAUUUUGAAUCUUUCAAGUGGACUGAUGCUGUACACAUAGAUAAUAAAGAAGAUUCUAAUAAACCUAUUCAAGAAGUCAGAAGUAACUAUGAUUUUGCUUUACUCCCGAAUAAAUCUAAAGGUAUAAACAUGAAUUUACAUAUUCCUCAUAUUCAAAAUCAGACUGCUGAAAACAGUAAUCUAUUUUUAGAAGAUGCUCAACCUCAGCCUUUUAUUUUGGGAAAUGACUUAGACAAAAAUGUUGAACAUGUUUUACCCUCAACUUCUAGUAGUGACAACAGUGUCCAACUAUUAAAUACCAAUCAGAAUCACUCUGAAUGUAUUGAACUUGAUAAAUCAAAUACCCACAUUUCCAAUUCUUUGUUUUACCCACUGGGAAAAAAGCAUCUUAUUUCCAAAGACACAGAAGCACGUAUAUCUGAACCUGAAGAUUUGGGAAAGAUUAGAAGUCCACUCCCUGACCAUGUUGAGGUUGAAACUGCCAGAGAAGGCAAACAAUACUGGAAUCCUAGAAAUUCUUCAGAACUUUCUGGAUUAGUAAAUACCAUUUCUAUUUUAAAGUCACUAUCUGAACACAGUACUGCUUUAGACAGUUUGGAAAUAUUGAGAAAGAAAAAUACUGUCUUUCAGCAAGGAACUCAACAGACAUAUGAGCCAGAUAGCAGUCCUGAAGUGAGGAAACCAUUUAUUACAGUAGUUUCACCAAAGUCUCCUCAUCUGCACAAGGAUUCUCAACAGAUACUAAAAGAAGAUGAAGUUGAACUAAGUGAACCACUUCAGUCUUUGCAGAGUUUUCACAGGCAGAAGGUGACAUCACCAGAACAAAACGUCUCUACGUUGAGCCCUAUUUCUACCUUUUCUUUGAACUCAAGAGAUGAAGACUUCAUGGUAGAAUUCUCUGAGACGUCCCUGAAAGCAAGAACUUUACCCGAUGAUCUUCAUUUUCUCAACUUGGAGGGGAUGGAAAAAUCUAGUUCUCUGGAGAGUGAGAACCUUCAAAGGCUUUCAUUAGUAAGUAGAACCCAGGUUCCACUUAUUACUUUGCCACCUACUGAUGGGCCAGCUGACUUAGACUCUCAUUUGUGUAUGAUCAACUCUAACACAUACAAGUCUUCUGGCUCCCCCAUGCUCAACUUGUGUGAAAAGUCAGCAGUUCUUCCUUUUAGCAUUGAGCCUGAGGACCAAAAUGAAACCUCUUUCUCUGAAGAAUCUGGGGAAGUGACUCCAGGGGAUGUUUCACUUCUCAAUAAUAUGUCUACUCAGAGCAAGUGGCUGAAAUAUCAAAACACAUCCCAAUGCAACGUGACUACUCCAGACAGAGUUGAUAAGAGAAUAACUGAUGGCUUUUUUGCUGAGGCUGUUUCUGGGUUGCAUUUUAGAGACACAAGUAAAAGACAGAGUGAUGUUGUCAAUGAAAGCUCUCUAAACUCUGUGCAUUUGCAAAUGAUAAAAGGCAUGCUCUAUCAACAGCAGCAGGAUUUUAGCAGUCAAGAAUUGGUUUCCAGAAAGAAAGUACUUUCUCUGAAUUUGAAGCAGACUUCUAAGACAGAGGAAAUUAAAAAUGUAUUAGGAGGGUCUACCUGCUACAACUAUAGUGUAAAGGAUUUACAGGAGAUAAGUGGCUCUGAGCUAUGUUUUCCAAGUGGGCAGAAAAUAAAAUCUGCUUAUCUUCCCCAAAGGCAAAUUCACAUACCAGCUGUUUUUCAGUCUCCUGCUCAUUAUAAGCAGACUUUCACAUCUUGCCUCAUAGAACAUCUAAAUAUAUUGCUCUUUGGGUUAGCACAAAACUUGCACAAAGCUCUUUCAAAAGUUGACAUAUCAUUUUACACAUCAUUGAAGGGAGAGAAACUGAAAAACGUAGAAAGUAAUGUGCCAUCCUGCCAUCACAGUCAACCUGCAAAACUUGUCAUGGUUAAAAAGGAAGGUCCAAAUAAGGGUCGUCUCUUUUAUACAUGUGAUGGACCCAAAGCUGAUCGAUGUAAAUUCUUUAAAUGGCUUGAGGACGUGACUCCAGGAUAUUUAACACAGGAAGGAGCUCGACCUGGCAUGGUUUUAAGUGAUAUUAAGAGUAUUGGCUUGUACUUAAGAAGUCAAAAGAUACCACUCUAUGAGGAAUGCCAGCUUUUGGUGAGAAAAGGAUUUGAUUUUCAGAGAAAACAGUAUGGCAAACUAAAGAAGUUUACUACUGUAAAUCCUGAGUUUUAUAAUGAACCAAAAACCAAACUUUAUCUUAAGCUGAGUCGGAAGGAAAGUUCUUCAGCUUAUAGCAAAAAUGAUCUUUGGGUGGUUUCAAAAACCCUAGACUUUGAGCUGGAUACUUUUAUUGCAUGUAGUGCUUUCUUUGGACCAUCGUCUAUCAAUGAGAUAGAAAUACUACCUUUGAAAGGCUAUUUCCCUUCCAGCUGGCCCACUAACAUGAUUGUCCAUGCGUUAUUGGUUUGUAAUGCUAGCACAGAACUGACUACUUUGAAAAACAUUCAGGACUACUUUAAUCCAGCUACUCUACCUCUAACACAGUACCUGUUAACAAUGUCUUCGCCAACUAUAGUUAGUAACAAAAGAGUCAGUAAUAGAAAAUUUAUCCCACCAGCCUUCACAAAUGUCAACACAAAAUUUGAACUACUCAGCCUAGGAGCAACAUUGAAGUUAGCUAGUGAGUUGAUUCAGGUAUACAAGUUAAACAAAGAUCAAGCUACAGCUCUAAUUCAAAUAGCUCAAAUGAUGGCAUCACAUGAAAGUAUUGAAGAAGUGAAGGAACUGCAAGCUCAUACCUUACCUAUCACUAUCAUACAUGGUGUGUUUGGAGCAGGAAAGAGUUAUUUGCUGGCAGUGGUGAUUUUGUUCUUUGUACAGCUGUUUGAAAAGAGUGAAGCUCCCACCGUUGGAAAUGCAAGGCCAUGGAAACUUCUAAUUUCUUCUUCUACUAAUGUGGCUGUUGACAGAGUACUUCUUGGGCUUCUCAGUCUUGGAUUUGAAAACUUUAUCAGAGUUGGGAGUGUUAGGAAGAUUGCCAAACCAAUUUUACCUUACAGCCUGCAUGCUGGCUCAGAAAAUGAAAGUGAACAGUUAAAAGAACUACAUACACUAAUGAAAGAAGACCUGACUCCUACGGAAAGAGUCUGUGUGAGAAAAAGCAUUGAGCAGCAUAAACUGGGGACAAAUAGAACCCUGCUGAAGCAGGUUCGAGUAGUUGGAGUUACCUGUGCAGCCUGCCCAUUCCCAUGCAUGAAUGAUCUUAAAUUUCCUGUAGUUGUGUUGGAUGAGUGUAGUCAGAUAACCGAACCGGCCUCUCUCCUUCCCAUUGCAAGGUUUGAGUGUGAAAAGCUGAUUCUUGUUGGAGAUCCCAAACAGCUACCUCCUACUAUUCAGGGUUCUGAUGCAGCUCAUGAAAAUGGAUUGGAACAAACUCUUUUUGAUCGACUUUGCUUAAUGGGUCACAAGCCAAUUCUAUUGAGAACUCAAUACCGUUGUCAUCCUGCAAUCAGUGCUAUUGCUAAUGAUCUGUUUUACAAAGGAACCCUCAUGAAUGGUGUAACAGAAGUAGAGAGGAGCCCUUUAUUGGAAUGGCUACCAACCCUGUGUUUUUAUAAUGUUAAAGGACUAGAACAGAUAGAAAGAGAGAACAGCUUUCAUAAUGUGGCAGAAGCCACUUUUACAUUGAAGCUGAUUCAAUCACUGAUUGCAAGUGGAAUAGCAGGCUCUAUGAUUGGCGUGAUAACAUUAUACAAAUCCCAGAUGUAUAAGCUUUGUCAUUUACUCAGUGCUGUGGACUUUGGCCAUCCUGAUAUUAAAACUGUGCAGGUGUCCACAGUAGAUGCUUUUCAGGGAGCUGAAAAGGAGAUCAUUAUUCUGUCCUGUGUAAGGACAAGACAAGUAGGAUUCAUUGAUUCAGAAAAAAGAAUGAAUGUUGCAUUGACUAGAGGAAAGAGGCAUUUGUUGAUUGUGGGAAAUUUAGCCUGUUUGAGGAAAAAUCGACUGUGGGGACGAGUGAUCCAACACUGCGAAGGAAGGAAAGAUGGAUUGCAACAUGCAAACCAAUAUGAACCACAGCUGAACCAUCUCCUUAAAGAUUAUUUUGAAAAACAAGCGGAAGAAAAACAGAAGAAAAAGAGUGAAAAAGAGAAAUCUAAAGAUAAAUCUCAUUCACAAAAAGACAUGAUGUAAAUAUUUUGUUUGUAUGUAAAUUCAGACUCAUUCUACAU